UGUUGUUUGGAGAUGGCGAGGCAAUCUAAAGAUAAAAGGAAUCAAUAACUGACGCCCAUAUGAAAUGCAACUCACUUUCAAAGAGAGUGAAAAGGAAAACUAUUUAUUGCUCGGGAGCCCUCACCAAGGAGUCAUGUGGGUGUAGCUACGGAUAAAUGUUAAAAAUCGACUUGGCAUUAAUAUUUACGACACUUUAUGCACUUAGUUUCUCUUUGGAUGCAUUUACUUGUAUUGCAAUAGUAAGCCUGAUUUGCUUGAAUUAUUCAGACUGUUUGGUCUCAAUACAGUUGUCAAACUUCGUUUCCCAUUCAUCCGCAAGCAAUGAGUUCUUACUUCGUCAAUUCCCUCUUCACUAAAUUAAAAGGAGGCGAUUCACUGCGAUCCAACUACUAUGAAUGCUCAGGGUAUGGGCAGGAUCUUGGAGGAAGAUCAUCUGUGCUGUACGGUCACAACACUGGAUCUGCUUUUCAACAUACGGCACAGUUCACGGACUUCUACCACCACGGUACACCAUCCUUCACCCACGCGUCUUACCAACAGAACCCAUGCGCGGUACCUUAUCCCGGAGAAGCCACGGGAAACAUCUUAGGACAGGACGGGUUACAAAGACAGUCCUUCUUCGCCUCACCAGAUGCGGAUUUUUCGCAAUUUGGGGAUUGUAAUUUGAAGGUAAACGGUAUCAGGGAUGAUUUGGAAAGUGCAGAACCGUGCGCAGCGCAGCUCUUUCCGUGGAUGAGACCACAAGCUACCGGUCGGAGAAGGGGCAGGCAGACGUACAGCCGCUAUCAGACACUCGAGCUGGAAAAGGAGUUCCUGUUUAAUCCUUACCUGACCCGCAAACGGCGCAUUGAAGUGUCUCAUGUUCUGGCCCUUACUGAGAGACAAGUGAAGAUCUGGUUUCAAAACAGACGCAUGAAGUGGAAAAAAGAGCACAACAAAGACAAGUUUCCAAGCAGCAAAGCGGAACAAGAGGAGAUGGAGAGAGAGAAGGAAGAGGGCAGCCAGGUAUCCGAAAAACUCACAUCAGAUGAGGACUCCGAAAAAGUUUAAAAGUCUAAAGAGCCUGCUGACCAUAAACACAUCAUUGGCCAAACUGAAAUGAAUAUACACACUCUUCCGUCUUUCAGACUUUAAAGGCAUUAUGUAUAUCGAAUACAAAGGCAAUCAUAUUUCAUCACUAAAUUCAUAUUGUCGAAAACUGCAGCCUAUGAGGCAUUUGAUGUUGUUGAUAUUAAAUAAAGGAAUAAUUGCUGUUUCUUUUAAGAGUGUUUGGAUGAAGCCAUAUCAGUUUUAAGUGUUUGAAGGUUUCACUGGUGUGUUUGUUUUUUACUCUUCAGAUUUACUGUUAGGGCUGGCAUAUAAUGGAAAGGCUGUGCAUGGCCCCGCAUCUCUUUCAUAAGCACUGGGAGUCUCCAUCAUUUAUGUUCUCUUCAGUAUAACUCUGGAUGAGUUGACAAUUGCUUUUCAGGAUCAGCAGUAGUGAGUGCAUUGCUGUAUAUCUCACUGUAGUGAAAAAUGCACUUUUUGUGAUUGUUAAUUACUGUACGAAAUGAUGAAUCAAGUUUACAGCUCUUCAACCGAACUACCUAAUGGCUCAUGGCGUCAAUCAUUUAGUCAGUGUAUUCAUGGGUGAUGAGAGGAUGGAUAAAACGCAUAAUGUUGUUCUGCAAUUUUUUGUGUAAAUAUUUGAUAUUACAGUUCAGUGGAAGCACUGUCCUAUUGUAUUUUCUAUUGUCUCUAAUUGGAAGUGGUUCCUGAAAGAAGCCACAAUAAAACUGAAGAAACGCAUAAUUGGUCUCCUUUGUUCUGUUUCCUUUCAAUUGCAAUGCUUUAAUAAAAAAAAAAAAACAA